CUUCACUCUUUCCAUCCUGUCAAAGCAGCAUCCCCAAUCUCCUCCAAGCGGCACUCAUAGUCAUAUUCUUCCGGUAUUACCUCUCCAGCGCGGUAGACGUCUGCACACCCUCCCCACCACAAGUCAAGCAAAGCGGCAGAGCACAAGCUUUCGCCUCUCUCCACAUCAAAUACCUCAAAUCGCCCUUCUUCCACGUCAUCCAUCUCUCCUGCUUCUACACCCCAUAAAACGCCCUCCAAGCCUGCCAACCCCUGCCAAAACUCGGCAUUACACCACCACUGCGCCCGACUCCAAGACCACGCCAAGCGCCAUGGCAUCGACGACGAACCUUCUCGAGAAGCGCUUCUAUAGCGAGUACGUCCCUCCCGUGCGACAGCAGCCUUCCCUCCCUCCACUCGUCACACGACAACUAACAAUAUGGCCCUUCCUCGCAGAUGCGGAUAUGGAUACGAUAGUUUCGGCAACUGCUACAGCCCUUGGGACUCAUGGGCGCGAUGGGUAGUGCUCGGCUGCGUCAUCGCCGCCGCCAUUCUCAUCUUCUUCCUCUUCGCCUGCAUCUCCGCGCGCCGUCGCAGAAAGAUGGGCUACGCGCCCUACCGCGGUACUGGCUGGGUGCCAGGAGCUGGCGGCCGCCACCAUGCGAACGCCCCUCCGCCCGAGAACUUCUCCAACACCCCCUACUACGCCCCGAACAACAACUACGGCAACAACACCUACGCCGCUCCUCCGCCCUCGUACCAGGGCUAUUACGGUCGCAAUGACAAUGUGGAGAUGCAGCCGCCGUAUCAGAACGUGUACUCGCCGCCCUCUGCGCCACCGAAGCGGUAAGAGGAGGAUGGAGGGAAGGGAGAGGAGCGUCCUACGAGGUGACACGAAGGGAGACAUGGAACAUGUGAAUUUUGCCGUGGCGUUAUAUUCGGACUCACGAUUCUUCUGGUUGGUGUUUAACAUGAUUGUGUCGUAUACCUAAGCUACUAUUUCUGAACUACUCCAAUUCAACCUACCUACGUGAUUUGAC